CCAACCCUCUCACCCUCUUCGAAACGUCGCGUUGUCACGUAAUGCCCAUUCAAUUUAAUUUCAUAAUUAAUUUUUUGGAAUAUUUCGUACUGAGGCAAAAGUGCUGUCGCCAUUUCUCGUGAUUUUCUGGCAAGUAAGGAAUAUAAAAAGUGGCCGAGUGUGUGUUAAAUUAAAUCACCGCAUUAUAAAUAACUUGGGAAAUUUUUAAAUCUAAAAUAUAUUCACGCCAAAACGAAACCUCUAUAUAUAAAACCGAGUAUAUCUGCGGACGCGCCAAGUAAUCGAAGCGACAAAAAAUACGCAAAGUUCGAAAAAACGCGACAGAGAGUGCGGGACUGUGUGUGUUUGCCAAAUGUCACUUGUGUGUGCGUCACUGAAGAUAAACCACGAGCACAUAAAAACGCACACACGGCCAUCCAGGCAUCCGACAUAAAAGUAUAUAUUAUUCUAUUUAUUUACGCGCGUGUCUUGUAGCCAAAAAGUAAAUCUUAGCCAGCAGCCGCAGCAGCCACAAAAUGGAGUCGAAACGCUCAAAAAAAGGACGCAAAUCUCGGCCAGCACAGGACGAGAAUCCAGCUCCCCAGCAGCAGCAGCAACAUCAUCAUCCCUGGGACGAAGUGUCGCUACCUGGCGCUGGAACUGGCCCCACUGAGCAGCCGACCAUACUCCUGAUCAACGGCAUCGCCAGCGAUUCCCAGCUAGAGGAGAAGCACUCUAAAGCAGCCGCCUUGAAACUUGCCCUCGAUAACAACAACAUCGAGGCAUCAGUGCCCACCACUCCCGGUGGCUCCCAUCUCCUGGACUUCGAGUCCCAUCUCAUCGAGAGCAUCGCGGACGAGGCCAGUGGCGUGGGCAUCCGGGAACUGACCCCCUUCGAGCAGGAACUCCAGCAGGGCACCUCGAAAGUGGACUCGAAUAACUCGGAACCUGUGAUCGAGGUAGAACCAGCUGGUGCCAAGACCAAACAGCCCGUGGAAAUCUCACCGCCGACUCACCAAAUCGCCGAGGUCGACGAGACGGCGGCCACUCCGUCGGAGGAAGUACGUCGCACCGCCGAGCAGUUGGUGGAUGAGAUCGAACAGGAGCUGCUGCAGGCACUUAGCCGGGAUGUAGACGAGGCGCAGCGGGUGCACAGAGAUCAGGUCCAGCGGGAUCGCGACGAGAUCAGCUCACUCAGCCAACAGGUGGAGGUGCAGCUAAACGAACUGACCGGCAUCCUGAAGAACAAGCCCCAGGCGGAGAUUGUCUUGGAACUGCCGGCGGAAGAGGCGGAGGAGGAGCAAAAGCCCAAGCCACUGGUGGCAGCACCCAAUGAACUGAAGCUCGUAGAGGUUCCCACUCCGAAAACCGAGGCCGAGGAGCAGGAACGCAAGGAGUUCAUCGACUCACUGCCCCAGAUCGAACAGAAUCGCCUGCAGGGAUCGGAGGAGACCACCGAUGCCCAGAAGCUGUCGGCGGACUGCAAAAGGGAGUACUACCAAUCCCUGAAGAAGUACCUCCUGCAUAGCAGCCAGGAGAAGCCACCAGUGCCCCUGCAAACAUAUCGCUGGGAGGAUCUGAAGAGAGCCAAAGAAAGGGGUGGCUAUCCUUGGACACACCUGUACAAACGCCCCCUUGGACCCGACGAGCAGCCGGAGAUUGUGCUGCUCCUGCGAAAGUCCCAGGAACUGCGCUUCAAGUCCGAGUCGCCCAAGUCCCUGAAGAAGGUGCGCUACGACGAGCAGGUGCUGGUGAAGGAGACCGAGCGCUACAUCCAGGAUCUCUCGGAGGACGAGGCGGUAGCCACCACCACCGACGACAGCAGCGAGGAGUCCUCCGAUUCGGAGACCGAGUCGGAGCGGGAUCAGCACAACGAAGACGCCCUCAGCGAGUGCAUCUCCUGCGUUUCCGACUCCGUGCUGGCAGUUGGAGGUCACGCCCGACCACGUAAGACCAAUCGCUUGGCCCACAUUCGUGACCUGAUCCGGCGCAGGCGCAGCGGACGCACCCACGAGGACGCCCAGUCACUGCCCGGAAACUCGGCGAAUCCCAGUCGACAGAGCAGCGUUCACGAGCUUGCCCCGCCGCCGGGAUCCCUAAUCCCGAGCACCGACAAGCCUCCGAAGUCCAGCAAACCCAAGCAGGGCUUCGACAUCAUGAAGAAGCUGAAGAGCCUGGCCGAGCGCCAGAAGAAGCGGCUGAACAUCAAGAGGAUCUCCCUGAAGAAGGAGGACAAGAUCGUUCUGGGCGAGCAGCAGAAGAUCAUGAAGCUAAAGGCCUCACCAAAGUCCGAUCGCGGCGAGAUUCCCCACUUCAUCGAGAAGCAGGACUCUGACGAGAUCCUGGAGCUGGUGGAGUACGAUGAGUCGCCCUGCCGCAAGCGCACCAAGGAGGAGCUGCUGGAGGAUCAGCCCAGUGGAAGUGGAAGAGUGCCGGAACCCGAGGAGAUCAUCGAACUGCCGGUGGUCAAGACUGAGACAGAGGCUCCCACACUGGAGGUCACCGAACCGGCGGAGGAAAAGCUGGAACAGAAAGACGAAAAAGAGUCAGAAGCCGAGGAGGACCCGCCCAAGAAGACACCUCGCAUCCGGCGUGAGCAUGUCUACGAGGAGAUUGGCCAGGCUGGAGCCCAGGAACUGGUGGAACAGCCCCUCCUGGAGCUGGACGCUCUCAAGAAGUCUCUGACGCGUCAGGAUAAUCUCGCCAUCGAUGAAAUUGAGGCAGCCAAGGCGGUGCCUCUGGAUCGCAUGGGCAGCAGUGAGGAGGAGCAGGUGACCGCCGGCAAGCCGGGCGCCCUGUUGGCCCCCAUCUCCUCCAUAGACUCCACCUCUUCGGAUGAGGAGCGUGCCCGACUGGCGCAGCUAUCUCCCGUUACCGAGGAGAGUGAUGAACCCAUGGAAGUCACUACAGAUCUGCGUCCUUCCCUCAAGAAGGAGGCCUCGCCGGCGCCCUCGGACAAGAAGGUGACCUUCUCGCACACCGAGGACGAAGCGGAACCACAUCGCGAGGAUGUCGAGCUGCCCGAGGACGUCCUGGAGGCGGCCACCAAUGCGGCCAGGUGGAAGAACGAGAGUGAUCAUGAAUACGAGCCCGUGGGCGUGACGCCGGCGCACGAAUCCUCGCCAGCACUUGGCCCCCCAAGCGAACUGCAGCUGCCCAUGGAGAUCGAUGCCCCGCUCAGUUCGGCUGGCACCACGCCGCGCACCGAAUCUCGCACCGACUACGAAAUCCACACCAGCCAGGUGGACUCGAGCGCCCUGGAGGAGCUGCCGCUGCAGCCGGAGAACCGACGCAAGGGCUUCAUGGCCUCGGCCCAGGAUCGCACCAAGAAGAUGCAGGAUGGCAUUCGUGAGCAGGCGGGAAAACUGCGAACCCGUCUUCAAACGAAGCCGAAACCGAAACCCAUUUCGGGAAGCCCGAAAGCAAAGGCCAAGGAGCGACGACGCUUCAAGGCUCCCGAGUUCUCCAAGAUCAAGAUGCCCGAGAUCAAGCGACCCGACAUGUCCAAGCUGAAGGAUCUAAAGCGUCCCGAGUUCACCAAGUUUAACAAGCCGGACAUGUCCAAGUUCAAGUUGCCGGAGAAGUUGUCCACCCUGAAACUGCGUCGCAGCAAGAGUUUCAAGGAGAACGAGGGUGAAGUGCUUUCGGAUGAGACACCAGAAGGCACCGGAGCCACUGCAUCACCCACUCAGACUCAGCCGACGCCCAAGAAGAAGUUCGAGUUCAACUUUGGCACCUAUCCACGUGCCUUCCGGAAGAAGAAGCCCGUGGAGGAGCCAAUUCCGGUGGCCACGGAGUCAUCACUGGGCACAGAGGGUUUGAGUGUGAUUCCCAGCACGGAGACGCAGCCAUCGCAGACCUCGACCAGUUCUCCUCAGGGAGAUCGCGGUCCCGGACCCGUUCGCUCCCGCUGGGCGGACAAGUUCUCGGAUGUGAGCUACAACGACAGCGAGGGAUCGCGGUAUCGGCGGUAUGGCAGCGAGCUGGAGAGCUUCGACCGGGAAUCCUCGCUGGAGCGACGCAUGAAGGAGGAUCUCGAGGGCACCGAGGACACGGCCAGCGAGGCCCAGCCGCCAGCGGAGAUGGGCAUCCUGGGCGUGGUGGCCGAUAGCAAACAGUUUGCCGAAUUCGAUGAGGAGAACCGCGCCAUCCACGAGAUCUCGAGCAAGAGAUCGCGGGAGUUCAAGCGCCGGCCAAUGGUGCAUCAGGAUUCGGAUUUGCGCUCGGAGGAUAGCCGAGAUGCCGAGGGCUGGACGGAGAAGGAUAUACAGAAGAACAAGCUGCUCCGGAAGGCAGAAUUGGAGGCGGAGGCGGGAUUCUACAAGUUCCACGACCUGCAGGAUGCCCAGUCCACCGCCAGCUCUGGCAAGAAGGUAGUCAUGGAGCCCAUCGAUGACGACGAGUUCUUCCUGCGCAAGCGCGGCAUCUCCGAGGACAACAUCCAGUUGCGUCAGUACAUCAGCGAGGCCAUUCGCGAGGGCUACGACAUGCCGAAUGCCCUGAAGCAUGUCGGUUAUUCCGCCGAGCAGGUUCCGGCGGAAUACGGCGACUACGAUGUUCCGCCGGCCAAGCCACGUCGUCUGCAUCGCAACUACCAGCCGGACUUUGACUCCCAGGAGUUCCAGCGCAGCGACUACGGCGACGAUCUCUCGAUGUCACAAAAUGGCAGUGAAUUCACUCCAAAGCGACCGCUGCGCAAGGCCCGCAGUCGCAGCAAAUACUCGAUUGAGGGCAGCCAGGAUAUCAUCCCCCAGGAUGGCGGCAGCAGCAUUCAGUACUUCGACGACGACGAGGAGUACCUCCGACCUCCGGUCAGGGAUCAACCGGUCACGGAGUCCGAGCAGGCACUCAACAACCUCGAUUUCGGCGGCAAGGCAGCGGCGAUGAUUCAGGAGGAGAUGGAGCGGGAGCGGGAGCUGGAGGAGCAGCAGGAGCGACAGAAGCCCCGUCCGCAGGCACCGAGGCGCCAGAAGAAACGCACAAGGGACGACGCAUCCGUCGACAAGGAUGCCGACUCCUUCAUCAAUGGCUUCGGUGGUAGAUCAGUAUCGAACACCUUUUUGCAGCCACACGAAGAUGUAAUUGUUUAUCGCACUGAACACGAAUAUCGUCACAUACCGCUAGCCACGCCGGAUAGAUUUACGGACGCCACGUCGGCGCGCACGCAGCGCUCCGAGGACGACCGCACUUCACGCGGUGCCGACUCCAUGAUUCUGGACGGGCACACGAAGUUCCGGCCCGAGGGGGAUGACAACGAGGAUGUGGGGCCAAGGACAAAGAGCGACGAGAAAUUCGUCAUCGACAUGCUGGAGAGCGAUGGCUACGCGGUGGUCCGCAAGGAGCCGCUCCCGAAGCCCACGCCGCCGGCGCGCCGGAAGAAGUUCACCCGAUCGCCGGGCGAGCGGUUCGCCACGUUGCCCAGCAUCCGUGGCUCUCGGGGAUCCCCGCCACCGGCAAGACCACCACCACCACAGCAGUACGUGCCCACGGAGGACUCGCCGCUGGUGCCGCGCCGCCGAUCCGCGGCCAGUCUGGACGAGAUUCCCCUGAUGAUCAAGUCGAACUACGAGAAGGAGCAGCCCCAGGAGGAGGAUGACUACGAGGAGCCGGGGGCCUUGGAACGCAGCAAUCUGCAGUCGGGCGCGGUGAUCAACAAGAUGAAGUUCCGCCCGCUGCCGCCGCCACCUCGUCCUCCGCGCGAGAAGCGAUCCACGAGGGCCGGAAGCCAGACCCUGGACAGCUACGAGGACAGCGAGCAGGUGGCCAGCUCCAGCCAGGCGGAUAGCUACGACCAGGGUGAGUUCGAGGUGGAGGUGUCCACCCAGACGGAUCCCCUGCCCGAUGACUUUGUGUGCGAGGAGUUCGAGAUCACCGAGGACAUGAAGAUCAUCGAGCCGCGACGCUCCAAUGGUUCGGGCAACAAGACCCUGGAGGAUCUCUUGCGCAGCGUGGAGGCAGCCCAGCAGCAGGUGGACGAGGUGGACGGCGGACGAGUUCUCUCCGAGGACGAGCAGCUGGCCAAGGGACUACAGAGAUUCCGGGACGCCAACCAGCGCAGCAUGUCGGAGCGAUCUCGUGCCUCCUCGCAGGCGGAUCGUUCCAAGUCGCUGAGUCGUCCGCAGACGCCUUCAUCGGCGGUCAUAAUCGAGCGACGUGUGCCCACGCCCAGUCUAAUUGCUGGCGAGGAUCUGGAUUCGGCGACAGUGCAGGCCUCGCUGAUUGUGCGACCCAUAAGUGCCGCCGAUCUGAUAGACGACGAUCUGCGGCGCGAGGAGGAGGAACUGCGUCGCGAGGGCCUGCUCUCGGACAGCUCGGUGCAGAGUAAAUCCGAUGUGGAGGACGACGAGCACGGCGAGGUGGCCCUGAGUGACUAUGCCGCCAGUUCGGCGGACUUGGAUGCGGCGGUGGAGCGGCUGCAGCAGGCUCAGCUGGAGAGCGACUUCGAGAGCCGGCUGGAGGAUGAUGAGGUGGAGCGAACGCUCAGGGACAGUGAGUACGAGGAGGAGAAGUAUUCGGAACAGGAAGAGGAGCAGGAGAUAGAGCAACUGGAAAAGGAGCUCACUGAGCAGGAACUGGAGGAGGCUCUGGAAAAGGAGCUACAGGAAGCCAUGGAGAAGGAGCUGUCUGAUUACCGUCAGAAGGAGAAGGAUCAGGAGCAGGAGCAGACCUUCUCCGAGGAGGAACUGGCUGCCUCCGAGAUCGAUUACCACCAAUCUGAAGAGGAGCAGGCCACCUCCGAGGUGGAUUACCAUGCCUCUGAGGAAGAGCAGCCUCUUUCCGAGGAGGAGCACACCGAAAUCCUGGCUGUUGAGGAGCCAAUGGAGAAGUCCACUGCUAGCCAACCCACCGAGGCCGAAGUUGAGCUCAAAUUUGUGGCCACUUUGCCCACCGAACCCGAGGAGGAGGCUCUGGAGGAGGCACCUCUGCCACCGCCACGCCGCAAAUCCACCACCGCCCUGGAGCCCAUUGCCUCCUCCGUUCUGACCAUUGCCGAGCAGUCCAGCCGCGAAGUUACGCCCGUUCAAACGGUGCAAUCCCCACCAGAAGCACAGUUCCCCAGUCGCCUGGCUGAAUUGGAGGUGGAACGACUGCGAGUCCAUGCCCUGCAGGCUGGCCAGAUCCAAGUGUCCCAGCUCCAUGGCGCUCAGAUUAAAGCAGACGAACUGGAGUGCAAGUCUGGGCAAUUGGUGGUGCAAAAUAUCGAACUGCCUCCCGGAUUCAUUGACGAUAUUGUGGAGCGGGUGCGGGAGCAGCGUCCCUGCCUGCUGACCACUGAAACCCAGACCAGCCGGCAGGCCAGUAGCGAACCCGCCUCCUCCGAGAAGGAGCAGCCGGUGAAGCCACCACGUCACAGCAAGACCACCGAGCAAUCGCCACCGCUGGCCAAUCUGGACGAGCAGACCCAGACGGAAGCGGGUCUGCUGCCACUGCCUCCACCGCCGGCGGCUUAUCCCAGUGUGGAGUACCUCCAGUCCCUCGCUCCACUGGCCUUCUACAACCUCCAGCGCAGCGCCGAAGCGGAGCAAGCGGAGGCCCUUCAACCAUCCGAUCGAAAGGCACCGCACAAAUGCCGCCGUCGUCAUGUCCAGGAGCACAUCGAACCCGAAUCCGGUUCCGAGUUGGAGGAGCAGCUGGUGGAGCGACCCAGAUCGCGAUCACGUCGCUCCCGCACCCGCAGUGCCACCCAGCCGCUGGAGGAGGACUACGACGAGGAUCAGCCCAAGACGGUCGUCCAGGCAGGCCGGCAGUUCAUCUCCGCCUGCAGCCUGGAGCUGGUGAACAUCAUCAACCAGCUGACGCACUACGUCCGCGGCGAGGCGGUGGAGCCACAACAGGCGCCACGCAACGUGUCCGCUUUGAUGGUUCUCUUCAUCCUGAUCACUUUCGGAGUGCUGGUAUUCCUGCUAACCGGGCGACAGGUGCACACGCACCAUUGGGACUACUUUAAUCCGCCCGGAAACGAGCAUGGCCGGCAGACGUGAGGAGCUGGAGGAUCCCUUGGGGGUUUUGCAUUUUGGAGCAUCGAAUCUGGCCAAGCAUCUUGGCGACGGGGAAGGAGGAGAAACGAAUUUAAACGCGGCCAGGUGUCCGCUCGAAACUUGAAGGCCUUAAUGAUAUACUAACGAGAAAUUACUUUAGGAAAGGUGCGCCAAUGGGGGCGGAAAUGGGCGAGGGGCGAGGGGCGUGCCCGUGCUACUAGUCACAAAACACAACCAUAAUCGAAACCAGAAUCCCAGUCCAUCAGACACAUACCGACAUCUAACUUGUACUAACCAGAAAUAUAGAGGGAACAUUUUUCAACAUUGUCUACCAACGAAAUCUAUAGAGAUCUAUAUGAGAAGAGCAGCAGAAGCAAGAGAAGCAACGACCAUGUAUUAACUAUGUACUUAGACGUUUUUGAGUUUCAUGCGAGGAAGGAGCGAGGACCACUAAUCCAAUAAAAUCCUAUUUUGUUUGCUCAUUUUUUCUACCAUCUAAGGCGAAGCGAGAGAUUCAAUUGUUGAACAAAUUGUUGUUUAAUUUAGACCAAAAUGUAGGAAUUAAUAUACAAAGCAUACACUCUUUUUCAUUGAAUUCAUUUGAACGUUAUAAUUUGAAAUGCGAGUACUUAGCCAGAAAGUAAACAUAUAUACAUAAAUAUAUAGAAGCGUAUUUUCAAUAAAGCAAAAGGAUAUAAAAU